AUGCAUCGUGAAAUUACGGCAAAUUUCGACAAGAGUAUGGCCGGCUUCGUGAAGGACAAGAACUACAGCUUUGUGCGGAUGAGAUAUGAUUACGAGCUGGUAUAUGGUAUAUUCUGCGAUUUGAAAGUGCAGCUGUCAAACUUAAUUGUGAUGCCUUCCGUCCACCAACAUCCACGGAUGCGGAGAGGAUUACGAAGACGGAUCGGUCUAGCAGUACAGUUCUGUUGUAGGGUGAUCCGAACAGGGAUCGGAUGUCCCGACAGUUCAGCCGGAAGUAGCCAGCAGCCACCUAUCCUGCUAAUGGGUGAUCCGAUCGGGGAUCAGGGGUAUGCGAUUGUUGUCACCUCUGGUGGGCCUAUUUGUCAAAACACAUGA